AUGGUUGGUAACCAAGACACUUUGCAUGACAAAGUGAUAACAGGAAAUGCAGGUGUCUUAUGUGUUCCAGCAUUCAAGUUUAACCUAUUGUAUGUGUCUCAAUUGACAAAGGCCCUUAAGUGUUGUGCUGCUUUCUAUCCUGAUUUCUGUAUUUUACAAGAUCUCUUCACUGUGAAGGAGAAGGAGAUUGGUAAGAAGGAAGGGGAGCUCUAUGUGCUUCAUACACAAAGAAGAUUAAACAAUCCAGCUAAGUCAUUUGCAGUAGUAAGAGCUGAUAUUGAAUUGUGGCAUAAGAGGCUGGGACAUGUUCCGUUUUCAGUCAUUAAGAAGUUACCUAAUCUCACUAGUAGUGAUAGUACUAGAAUAAGCCAUUGUGAAGUUUGUCCAUUGCCAAGACAAGCUAGGAUUCUGUUUCCCAUAAGUACUACUAGAGCAGUAGAUUAUUUUGAUUUACUGCAUAUGGAUGGGGAAUGUGUGGAGGCAGCAGUGUACAUCAUCAAUAGGAUACCCUCCACUGUUUUGCACAACAAAUCACCAUUUGAAGUGUUGUUUGGCAGACAAGCUUCUAUGUCUCAUAUGAGGGUUCUAGGAUGUCUAUGUUUUGCUACUAAUUUAGUGAAAGAAGACAAGUUUGGUCCUCAUGCAAUAAGGUCUGUAUUUCUGGGGUAUGCUCCUACACAAAAGGGCUACAAGUUAUACAACAUUGAGCAGAGGUCUAUAUUUGUGAGCAUGGAUGUAGUCUUCCAUGAAGAUAUGUAUCCUUUCCAAUAUAAUGCUGAAGAAUUCAGAGUGUACCCUCAAUCAACUUCCAUAGUCAACAAUGAUUGUAUAUUGUCACCUAUUGAUAGUAGGGGUGUUGAAGAGCUUGGGAACACUCACACUGACACAAUAGCUGAUGUUCCUAUAUAUGAAAUGCAUGCAACUUUAUCCUCUAUUCCCAACAAUGCAGAAGAAAGUGCAACUGUUGUUCCAGAGAUACAGGCACCAGUUGUUGAAAAUGAGGCUUCUGUGCCAUCUGAUAUUAGACAAAGUGGACCACCCAUUGUUUGUUAUCAGAGAAGGUCUGGCAGGACCACUAAACCCCCUAUUUGGCUCAAAGACUACAUUAGACCUCAAGGAAGGUCAAGUUCUGCAAGUCAUUGUCUAUAUCCAAUCAGUGAUGUCAUACACUAUGAUAGCCUUUCAGCCAAAUACCAAGCCUAUGUUGCUAAGGUUUCUUCAGAGACUGAACCUGCAUCCUUUUAUGGAGCAGCCAAAGAUAUGAGGUGGAUUGAAGCUAUGAAAGCAGAUGUUCAAGCUCUAGAAGAUAAUCACACAUGA